UCCUCGAUAAAAAGCCUUUCCUUUUGUGAUUUUUUCAAACAAUUUCUUAUGGGGCCUACUACUAUCGCUCUAUACGCAGCACUUCUUCCCGGUUUAUGCCUGGUGACAACGACGGGCCCUUUACGCGACAUUGCAAUUUAUCUUCAUGCAUUCGGUCUCGCAUGGUUACUGUUUUUCCAAACAAGCUCUUCUUCACCACAACAAGGCAGUGACAUGUACAAUCUUCGCCACGUAAUGUUUAAUCUCGAAAUUCCGCCUAAAACUUUGUGGUUCAAUAUGGGCUUGUGGGACGCCAAUGAAAGCGGUGGCAUCAACAGUGACAAUGGCAAGAGUAGCGAUGACGACAGGUGUCAUAUGAAAUAUUCGGAUGCAUGCGAGAAGUUGGUGGAAGCGGUCCUUGAACGCAUGGAGAUGAAACAUGCCAGUAACGUAUUAGAUGUUGGCUAUGGAUGUGGGGAUUCAUGCUUUAUGCUAGCUGAUCGAUAUGAGUGCAAAGUUACGGGUCUGACCAAUGAGAUAAGUCAGUGGCGUGUGUCACAGCAACGCCUACAAGCAUCACCAUCACCAGUAGCACGUCAAAGAAACGAUCGUAUCAACUUCCUGUGCGCAUCUGCUACUGACGACAAGCUCUCAUCUGUUAUCGACAAGUUUGGCCCCUUUGACCAUAUCAUUUCGAUCGACUCUGCUUAUCACUACGUGACGCGAUGGAAAUUUUUGCAAGCCGCACUUUACCAUCUUUUACCGGGCGGUACCCUGGGCUUGUACGACCUGACGGUUCAUCCAAGUCUUCUUGUGAAGCAGCGAACAAGAUGGAUUGCCGAGAUCGUUGGACGAUACGUUCUCGGUAUUCCAAAAGAAAACAUGGUGACAGCUGAAGCAUACCGUGACCGGUUGGAGGCCAUGGGAUAUGCGCAGGUGGAGGUAGAGCCAGUGCCUGCAGAUCGCGUGUUUGGUGGUCUGAGCCGGUUUAUUCGACGUCAGUAUGCGCAGGCCGAGGCAUGGGACAUCCUGCCGCCGUUUGCAAACCGAAUGUUCAUGCUGGCAAGCGCGUCGUUGUUUGGGUUGUUGGCUCGUAAGCAAUGGGUCGUCCCGGUGAUUGUUAGUGGUCGUCGUCGUGCAUACGCUAGUUGUUGAAAAAGUGUGGGGUUUAAGAGUGAAUUUACGGGACUAGCCGGGCAGAAUUUCCGAAAGACCCGAAAUCGAAGCUGCUGGAUAAAGUUUUUGGACCCCCUUUCCUUCUAUGCUUUCGCUGUACGCAGUAAAAUGAACUCCACCGAUGUGCACUUGAUGAAGCACGACCGGACUCGUAAAUCUUUGGAGUGUCGUCGAUAUACCUGAGAACUGAACUCUAAAAGAGAAGUAUACAAAAGAGGUGAUGUAAGCAGCCGUGACGCUGCUGCUGCUGCUGGUGUGAUGUGAUGUGAUGUAAUCAAAUGAGUGUAUGACCUUGUAUCAGCCACGGUUUAUGUACUAUGGCACUGGUGCUGCAAGAAG